AUGAAUCAAAUCGACUUCUUUGCACGCAUAAUCAUGGAGACAGCUCGUCACGACCCCGUUAUACGCGAUGCUCUCUAUCGACUUCCACGAAUUCCUAUUCCAGCCGAUCAUUACCACUGUUCAUGUUGCGGCAGGAUCAUUUUGGAGAAAGGUACAACAAAGCUUGCGAGAUGCGCACGAAGAUGGCUCGGAGCCAUUGUCGGCAUCACGAAAGCCACAUGGAAGUCCUUGAGUCAUGCUGCAAUCAAGGUCCACCAGCUCUUUAGCCAGCUGAAGCCAGGACACAUCGACAGAGUAAAGGCUCGAGCGCACAACAUCUGGCUGACUUCUUCUUUCUCAGAUGAGGCAGCCAGCGAGACUACUGCGUUGAUCACCGAAAGCAAUGAGCCGUCUGGCUCAAGGUCGAUGGCGAGGCGGCGCCGGCCAGAUCAUUCCAUACAAGCGAACUCGUGGCGGUCUACGGGAAAGCCAAGUGGACUUCGAAGCACAAUUGGCGAACUUGUCAAGACUGUCGAGCCUGUCAAGUCUGAGCAGUCGUCCAAGUUGGCAGGAUUGUCUGAGAAGCCAACCGCAGUGGAACAGUGUUCUGAGAAGUCGAGCAACGCGGUGGAGUCUUCUGGGAAGUCAAACAAUGCGUCGGAGUCUUCUGAGAAGACAGCGAAUGUCGCCCAAGUAGUGCAGCCAGCUCCUCCUGCGAGUGCCGUCUCCAGUAAAGGUCAGAAAUGCCUUGAAGAAGGUGAGGAGAGGUCAUGCCUCGCUCGAGCUUCGUCGACUCAAAAUACAAAGGAUCACGCUGACAUCGCUCGCAGCUACCAACAUUGCCGAUCCCAAGACAUUGGAGCAAGUCUCACCAAAUGCCGCGUACACAAAUCAGACGUAUUGGGGAAGCGUAGACGACACUCCCAUCAAACCACGAGGCAAAGUGAAAGUCCGACAUCAGAGUGUAGACCACACUAUCCUCCCCAGCCCUUCCGCCCCAGAAGUCGAACAAGCGAAGACCGCAAGAGACACCGCGCAGGAAAGAAUCGCAGUCAGUCCAGCAAGCAGGGACACACUCUCCCGACUCUUCACCUCCGACCCCAAGAACAAGAAGAUGCUCCAUUUCGAUACCAUCGUAGCAGCUCUUGA